CGCUCUCUCCAGCUCCAACGAUGGUGAGCUCCGUCUCUGGAAGAUGGAAGCCAUCACCGAAUCUUAGGUUUCUUCUUCAAUCCAAGAGAAACCCAAAGGAGGAGAAAUUAUGCAGUUCCGCGGCUCUCCUGGUACUGCCAAACCCAAAGAUGACGAGGCUGCUUGAGAUGGAGACGAGCCCAGUUGCUGGAAGCAUGUGGACGUGGCCGAGAUGGCUUAUGUUCAAAAAGGAGUUUGACAGCAGCUAUGUGGGAUUUAUGAAGGAUGGAGCCAAGUGGUUGGUGAAGAACACUGAAAUCCUUCUUUGUAUGCAGCUAUCUCAAGUGGCUGGAUUUGUAAAAUACAAUGUGGGUGUUAGCAAUUGGUAUUUUAUUUGUUGUAGCAAUUGA